CGCCUCUCCCACAAUAGGGCCGUCGCCAACCCGGCCCAGUGCGCAGGCGCGGGAAAGUUGAACUAAGAAAAGUUUAUGCACGUUCAGUGAAGGAGGAGGCGGUGGCGGCUCCGGCCCCAGCUCCCUCUUUCAUAGGUGCCCCCAUGGCGGGCUCGGAAGAGCUGGGCCUCCGGGAGGACACGGUGAGAGUCCUAGCUGCCUUCUUUAGGCGAGGUGAGGCUGCCGGGUCCCCCAUUCCAACCCCACCCAGGAGUCCUGCCCAGGAGGAGCCAACAGAUUUCCUGAGCCGCCUUCGAAGAUGUCUUCCCUGCCCCCUGGGGCGAGGAGCAGUUCCCCCUGAAUCCCCUCGGCCUUGCUCCCUGCCCCUCCGCCCAUGCUAUGUUUCAGAGCCUGGCCCAGCUACUCCAGAUUUCUAUGCUCUGGUGGCCCAGCGGCUGGAACAGCUGGUCCAAGAGCAACUGAGAUCCCCACCUAGCCCAGAGUUACAGGGAGCCCCACCCACAGAGAAGGAAGCCCUACUGCGGAAGCUGGUGGUCUUGCUGGAGGAAGAGGCAGAAGUCAUCAAUCAGAAGCUGGCCUCGGACCCGGCCCUGCGCGGAAAGCUGGCCCGCCUCUCCGCGGGCUCCUUCGCCCGCCUAGUGGAGCUGUUCUCCAGCCGGGAGGACAGCCCUCUUCCCAGCCGCCCACGCCCCAACUUGCCCUGCCCUGGGCCCCCGCCGCCUUCCCCGGAGCCCCUGGCCCGUCUGGCCCUGGCCAUGGAGCUGAGUCGCCGCGUGGCCCGGCUGGGGGGCACCCUGGCCGGACUCAGUGUGGAGCACGUGCACAGCUUCGGGCCCUGGAUCCAGGCACACGGGGGCUGGGCACCGUUCACUUACCUGCCUCGUCGCUGUGGGGAUUCAGGGACAGAAAGAUGUAUGCCAUGCUCUCAGGAUGUAACCAUUGCUUCACAGACUGGCAGGAGCUGGCCAGGAGGGCAUCCUGGCCAUUUCACCUGUGGACUUGAACUUACCCCUGGACUGAGAUCUUCCUCAGAAGCUGCUACAAGAUUAGACCUCCUGUCUCUAUGCUCUUUGUGUGCUUUUCCAAGCCUUCCUAUUCCACUCAGGUUUGCAGGGUGGUGGCUGCCUCCCUGUUUUUGCCAAAAAGAAAUUGCUUAACAUUUUUUCAUAUUAAAAACUUGUUCAGGUA